CAGUCUCCGCGGCCCGCGUCAGGAUGCUUGAGAACCUUAAAGUGCGAAAUAAACGCGACCUAGGAAGCUAGGCCUGAAGAUCUCCCCGGGGAGUCCCGGGGCACAAUUUCCUGUUUCCCGUCUAUUCGGGAUGGAUUGCAGCGGCAGGGAGAGAGUCCGAAAAGUACGAAGCUAUUGACGACCAUUUCGACCAAUCAGCUCUCACUCACGCUCCUUGCUACUGCCAAUGAGCAUAGAGAGCAGGAGACCAGAAAGAAGGCGGAGGCGAGGGCAGGAACCGAGGAUAUCGACAGGUUUCGGGCCCAAUUAUUUCUAGGCGCCCUCCUCACUGACCAAUAAAACAGAGAAGGCGGGAGGGGGCGGUCUAGCUACUGGUGAUUUGCCCCAAUCAGGCCUCGCUCGCAGUCCUCCAAUGAGCGCGGGGAGCGGGGGCUGGGGGCGGGCCGGUCGGAGCAGCUGUCAGGGGGCGCGCGGUCGGGAGGCAGAGACAGCGGCAGCGGCUGCGACGGUGGCAGCGGCGGCGACAGUAGCAGCAGCAGCAGCAGCAGCAGAAGCGGCAGCGGCGGCCCCGGGAGCGAGUGUCCCUGGGCCCGCCCGAGAUGGUCCGGGUCGCCGUGGGCUGGACCUGCCUCUGGCUGUGGUGCUCCGCGUGCGUGCUGGCCCACGGUCUGCACAUCCAUGACUAUCUGUACUUCCAAGUGCUGAGCCCCGGGGACAUUCGCUACAUCUUCACGGCCACUCCUGCCAAGGACUUUGGGGGCGUCUUCCACACGCGGUACGACCAGAUUCAGCUGGUGCCGGCGGACCCCCCGGAGGCCUGCGGACCCCUCAACAACGGCUUCUUCAUCCAAGACCAGAUCGCCCUGGUGGAGCGGGGGAGGCCUCUCGUGUCCCCGCAGGGGCUGCUCGUUCCUGUCCAAGACCCGGGUGGUGCAGGAGCACGGCGGCCGCGCCGUGAUCAUCUCGGACAACGCCGAGGACAACGACAGCUUCUACGUGGAGAUGAUCCAGGACAGCACCCGCCGCACGGCCGACAUCCCGGCGCUCUUCCUGCUCGGCCGAGACGGCUACAUGAUCAGACGCUCCCUAGAACAGCACGGGCUGCCCUGGGCCAUCAUCUCCAUCCCCGUCAACGUCACGAGCAUCCCCACCUUUGAACUCUUACAGCCGCCCUGGACUUUUUGGUAGAGGCCGUGCGGCUCCCCCAGCCUCCAGCCGGGGGGGAAGGAGCCCCCAAAGCCGGGCGAGCAGCUGCUAUUUGGGGCUGGCUUGCCCCGGGGGAAGAAAGCCAUGUUUGGGGGCAGGCAGUGAAGAGGGGGGCUGAGGCUAAACCAAGGGGCCCACGACCUCCCUCUACCCUGCCCUUCCCCAGGUCCUGCGCCCCGAGGUAGUCAGGAGCCCGGGCACAGGGGCCAGGGAGGUGGGGGGCACAGAAUGAUGCUGUUCUGAGGGAGGGGCCAAGGGGAACCUCCCUGGGCAGCCACCACCCUUAGCACAAUAAAGCCUUCCUGCAUUUUUACUGA